AUGUCGUCGUAUACUGAGGUUUCAGCAGUUGCAAUUUCAGCACCAAAACCUAUUCGUCACACUACUAAUUUCCAUCCCAACAUAUGGGGAGAUCAAUUCCUGAAAGAAACUUCUGAAUAUAAGCCAAUUGAUCCUAACAUUCAAAAAGAAUAUGAACAAUUGAAACAAGAGGUAAGGUGGAUGAUAAUGGAUACUACAGUUUCCCAUGCCCAGAAAUUGCACUUGAUUGAUGCAGUCCAACGCCUAGGCGUGGCUUAUCUAUUUGUAAAAGAGAUAGAAGAUUCGUUGGAUAACAUUUCUAGUGAUAGUAACAGUGAUGAUUAUAAUGAUCUCUGCACUGUUUCUAUCUAUUUUCGACUUCUGCGGCAACAUGGAAUAAGGAUUUCCUGUGAUGUAUUUGAAAAGUUCAAAGAUUGUGAAGGCAAAUUCAAGUCAUCCUUGAAUGAUGAUAUUCAAGGCCUACUAAAUUUGUAUGAGGCAGCAUACCUUGGUAUUCAUGGUGAAGAUCUUUUAGAUGAAGCCCUCGCUUUCACAACUGUUCACCUUAAGUCUGCGGUGUCUUGUGUAAGCCCUCGCCUCGCAGAGCAAAUAAAUCAUGCUCUUAAUUGUCCUCUCCGUAAAGGCAUACCAAGGUUGCACGCAAGAUUUUACAUGUCUGACGUAUAUCCCAGAGAUGAUUCACACAAUAAGACUUUGCUAAAAUUUGCAAAGUUAGACUAUAACAUAUUACAGGCAUUGCAUCGAAAGGAUCUUCAUGAUAUCUUACAGUUAGUUAACGAACAAAAAGUUAUCGGGUGGAAGGAAAAGUUAGUCUUGGCUACAAAGUUCCCUUAUGCAAGAGAUAGAAGAGUCGAGGAAUAUUUUUGGAUUUUGGGAAUUUUGUUUGAGCCACAAUAUUCAUAUGGCAUAAAGAAAUUCACCCAAAUUUUAAGUCUAUUAGUCAUCAUAGAUGAUACAUUCGAUUCCUAUGGCACACUUGAAGAACUCACACUCUUUACAGAAGCAAUCAAAAGGUAUCUCAAAGCUUCAAUUCCGUUUGAAUAUCUUAAUAGAUUAAGGAAAUCGAAUUCAAUAAUGGAAAUUGAUGCCAUCGAUUCACUUCCAGACUACAUGAAACACAUUUAUAAGGCAGUGUUAGGUGAGUACGCUGAAAUUGAGGAACAUAUGGCCAACCAAGGAAAACCAUGCUACAUAAGCUAUGCGAAAGAAAGGCUUCAAACACUUGUUCAAGCAUAUUAUGAUGAAGCCAAGUGGUUCAAUCAAGGCUAUGUUCCAACAUUUGAGGAAUAUAUGACUGUUGCUCUAGAAACUUCUGGUGUGGAAUUGUUCAUUUCACUUGCCUAUCUUGGCAUGGAUGAUGCAACUAAAGAGGAUUUGGACUGGCUAUGGUCUAACCCUAAGCUUGUUAGAGGGUCAAAGGUUAUCGUUAGACUUGUGGACGACAUAGUCACUCAUAAGUUUGAGCAAGAGAGAGGACAUGUUGCCUCUGCUAUUGAAUGCUACAUGAAGCAGCAUGGUGUUUCUGAAGAAGAGGCAGUGAAAAUGAUGAAGGUGCAUGUUGAGAAGGCAUGGAAAGACAUGAAUGAGGACAUGCUCAAACCAACUUCUGUGUCAAUGAAUAAACUUGAGCGAGUUUUAAAUUAUGCAUGUGCAAUCCACGUUAUAUAUUACAAGAGUGGUGAUUCCUUCAACAAUCCUCACAAACUCAAGGACAAAGUUGCCUUAUUGCUUAGAGACCCAGUGCCACUUUGA